AGGGUGGGCGCCUGGAUGACAUGGAGUUCGCUGAUCUGAUAAAAACACCCAAAUUGGAUGGGGUAUUCUUGCAUACUAAUGCAACAAAUGCAACAGUUGAAGGCACCCUGUGCAUUACGGGUCACCAUUUACUGCUCAGUGCACGCCAGGAGAGCACACAGGAGCUAUGGCUGCUGCACAAGAACAUCGAUUGCGUGGAGAAGAAGCCGAGCAUGGGCCAGAACAUUGUCAUGGGCGGCAUCAUAACACUGAAAUGCAAGGAUUUGCGAAUUAUAUCUCUCGAGAUCAAGUACGCCAAAGACUUCUUCAACGUGGCUGCUUCCUUGGAGGCGCUAAGUGCAAUACAAAACGUGGAGCUGGAGUAUCCAUUCUUCUACAGGCCCAUGUACUCAAUACUGGAAGAUGGCUUCACCAUGUUUAGGCCUGAACUGGAAUUUGCACAUCUUAUCAGCGGCAUGAGCAUGGGCGGUGCCUCGUCACCAAAUGUGGCAAACAUAACAAUUUGCACGCCUUCCACAUCGUCUGUUAGCAUCGGGCUUAGCAAUAUACCCCAUCCUCUGCAAAAUGGAUUCGCAUUGGACGCGGCGACUGCAUUGGUGGGCAGCUGUAGUGGAAGCGGCAACUUUGUGUCGGCCUGCGAGUGGCGAAUCAGUCACGUAAAUAGUGACUUCAGCGUCUGUCCCACAUAUGGCGCCACACUGAUUGUACCUAAAGCAAUUAGCGAUGAACAAAUCGCACUCUCCGCUGCAUUUCGAGAUGGCGGACGUUUCCCAUUGCUCAGCUACAGGCAUGAGAACGGCGCCAUACUGAUGCGCAGCGCACAGCCGAUGUCCAUACAGGGUAUCAAGCGCUGUCGCGCGGACGAGGCGAUACUCAACCUUGUGCUGGGCCGAAGUAAAAAGGGCUUCAUUGUCGACACGUGGGGCAAGGGCAAGUCGAACACGGAAACUGAUCUGCACUACUCGCAGUGGAAGAAGGUGAAUCGCUCAAUCGGCAAUGUCAGCUCACCCGCCUCCAUUCUGGACAGUUUUGCGAAACUCAUUGAAGCCUGCAACGAUAUUGGAUGUAGUACAGACAAGUGGCUGUCUCGACUGGAGAGCAGCGGCUGGCUAAGCCUGGUGCUCAAUUCCUUGAAUGCUUCGUGUGUGGUGGCCCAGUGCUUGGAUCAGGAGGGCAGUCCUGUGCUGGUGCAUGGCGCCAAGGGUCUGGACUCCACCCUGAUUGUCACAUCGUUGGUGCAAAUCAUCUUGAAUCCAGACUGCCGAACUGUGCGCGGCUUGCAAGCACUGAUUGAACGUGAGUGGAUACAGGCGGGUCAUCCUUUCGCAGCGCGACAUCGCUACUCCUGCUACACUCCACAUCAGUUGAGGAACAAGCACUCGGGCGCCACCUUCGUUCUCUUUCUGGAUUGCAUCUUUCAACUGUUUACACAGUUUCCGUGCAGCUUUGAGUUCAGCACGCAGCUUCUUAUUUUACUCUUCGAGCACAGCUACUUCUCGCAGUAUGGCACCUUCUUGUGCAACUCGGAGCGUGAGCGACACGAGCUGCAGGUGCACACAAGGACCACUAGCUUGUGGUCGUACCUCAAUCGGCCAGAUGUGCUGCAAACCUUACUUAAUCCCCUGUAUGAGCCGAAUUCCAGCGUGAUUUGGCCCUCUGUUGCGCCUAUCAGCUUGGAACUGUGGAGCGAACUCUAUUUGCGCUGGGUGAUUGAUCAACGCAAUUUAGCAACUACCAUGACACAAAUACAAGAGCUGAUAACAUGCGAAAAAGAGCUUAGAACCCAGGCAUUCAAGCUGCGCAAACAGGCUGUGGAACUAUGUCAGGAAGUUGCGGCACAAAUACAUGAUGUGGAUAAUGCAUGAGUGGGUUAUCUACCUCAUUGCGCAGUUAUCUCUGUGUCUCUCUAACCAUAUUUUAUAUACUAUAUAUAUAUAUAUAUAUAUAUAUAUAUAUACAUACAUAUAUACACUUAUUUUUGAUACUUUCUGUAGCCAUUUUGAAUCAAUUGUUUAAGCAACUUUUAUUUUGGAUGAAAGUUCAACACUAAUGACUAAGUCUCGAAAAGUUCCAUUUAUAAACAUUGCUGAAACAAAACCAAGAAACAAAGAAAAGAAAAGAAAAAAGAUCUGAUUUUCGAUCAAAACAGAGUAUCCGAACAUUUUUUCCUAAAUGUCCAUUGUAAUUUAUUGAAACGACGGUCUAAUCUGUAAAUCUGAAGCGCUCUCUCUGGAUGUAAUUAACAAGCGAUCUCCUUUCCCUAUGUACUUGAACGAAGCUCUCUUGAAACUAUCUUGCACAUAAGAUUAUCAAAUGUCUAACAAUUUGAGUCAAUUUUUGACGCAUUUACAUGUAUGGAAUUUUUAGUAAAAUAAGUCUUUAAAUUUA